AUGGCUCAUCCCGGUGCUCAGAUCUCCAAGAGGAGAAAGUUCGUCGCCGAUGGCGUCUUUUACGCUGAGCUCAACGAGUUCUUCCAGCGCGAGCUCGCCGAGGAGGGCUACUCCGGCGUCGAGGUGCGCGUGACGCCGACCGUCACCGACAUCAUUAUCCGGGCCACGCAGACGCAAGAGGUUCUCGGCGAGCAGGGCCGCCGCAUCCGCGAGCUCACGUCGCUCAUCCAGAAGCGCUUCAAGUUCCCCGAAAACUCCGUGUCCCUCUACGCCGCCAAGGUGCAGAACCGCGGUCUCUCCGCCGUCGCCCAGUGCGAGUCGCUCCGCUACAAGCUGCUCAACGGCCUCGCCGUCCGCCGCGCCUGCUACGGUGUGCUGCGCUUCAUCAUGGAGUCUGACGCCAAGGGUUGCGAGGUUGUCGUCUCUGGCAAGCUGCGCGCCGCCCGCGCCAAGAGCAUGAAGUUCACCGACGGCUUCAUGAUCCACUCUGGCCAGCCCAAGAACGACUUCAUCGACACCGCCACCCGCCACGUCCUGCUCCGCCAGGGUGUCCUCGGAAUCAAGGUCAAGAUCAUGCGCGGCUCCGACCCCGAGGGCAAGGCCGGCCCCCAAAAGACCCUGCCCGACGCCGUUACCAUCAUCGACCCCAAGGAGGAGCAGCCCGUCCUUCAGCCCAUGAGCCAGGACUACGGCGCCAAGGCCGCCGCUGCCGCUGCUGCCAGCCAGGACGCCCGCGUCGCCGAGGAGGCCGAGCCCGAGACGGCUGCUCAAUAA